AAUUUAAAAGUAAAUGUAACAUUAAAAACAAUAAGUUCAUUAUUAAAAUUAGAAAAAUUUAAUUUGAAAACGGCGUCUAAUUCCAAUCCGGAUGAAAAUAAAAAAAUUCAUGAUUAUGAAAAUGAUAAUGGCGAUGAUAAUGAUGAUAGCAUAGAAAUAAUUAAUUUAGAAUGGCAACAAAAAGUUUUCAGCCGAUAUGAAAUUGAAUAUUAUAAGGAUAUACAAAAUUGUAUUACAGAUUUACAAAAAGAAUAUCAUGAAUGGAUUAUUAGAGAUAAUUUAGAUGGUCAAAUAAAAAAUGGAAAACAUAAUAAAAUUUUUACUUAUGUUGACAGUGAUCAUUUUAUUCCAGUAGAAUCUAAUGAUUCAUUUCCUCAAAGAUCAACUGAAAAAGAAACAACAUUGAGAGCUAAAAAAUAUUCUCAUCCAUAUACAAAAUCAAAAGUAAUGUACAUUUAUGCUGAUUUAAAUCCAGACACUUUAUUAUUUAUGUUUCGUUGGUUAGAAACAGAACAAAUGUUAAUUGUUUAUCCAGAUUUUAAUGAAUUUCAUCAUAAUCCAUAUUUUAUUGAAAUUGAUUCAGAUUAUCAUCAUUUAUAUUCAUAUGCAGUACAAAAUACAUCCGUAUCAUUUGGUAAAUCAAUAUCACCAACAACAUUAUUAAGAACAACACCACAAAUGGAAUUACAAAAUCAAAUUUCAUCUGGAUUUUAUGAUAUGCCACCAAAACAUUAUAUACGUGUUAAUUUUUUAUUUAAUAUAAAAGAAGCACAUAAUUUUGAAUAUAAUAGCCUUCAUGUACGUUAUUAUAUUAGAUUACCAUUUGAUGAAAAUUCAAUGAAAACAACAAAAUUAAAUAUUGAAAAUGGAAAAUUAUUAGAAAUACCAAAUAUUAAAAUUGAAAAUGGUCAUUUAAAUGGUACAACACAUUCAACUAAUUAUAAUUGGGGUAAAAAUAAUUAUGAAAAUUAUAAAAUUUAUUCAGGACGUUUAAUAAAAAUUUGGAAUUUUAGUUAUCCAUUUCAAAUAUGUUUAUUGUUACGUGAAAAAGAAUUUCAACAAAAUUAUAAAAAUUCUUUAAAAAUUUAUUUUGAAUUAAUCUCAAUUGAUUCAUGGAAACGUGAACGUACCGAAGGUUAUUCAUUUCUAUUAAUACCAAUUGAAACUGGUUUAAAAAAUUUUAAUUUAAAUUGUUAUAGACCAGAUUAUGGUAUUAAAGAUCGUAUUGAACGUUUUUUUAUUGGUGGAAGAAAAUUAUUUAAUUAUGAAAAUUUUAAUAAUACAAAUUGUUUAGAAGAAAAGAAAACAAAUAGUGGAAUGACAUUAGAUGAUAUUUUAAAUGCAUAUCAAGAAGCUAGAAAAAGGCUUGAAGCAACUACCUUAAUUAGUAAUGAUGAUAAAGAUGAAACGACAAAUGUAUAA